AAUCAUGUGCAAUUUGUUCUUAAGUUAACGAAAAUAAAUCAUUUCACAGAGCUCCUUGACUAUUCAAGGGCCAAAUCUUAAUGUCUACGACAGCACCGAAUUGAAAAAAUCAAUUCAUGAAGUUGAAACUCGAUGAAUUUUCAACUGAUUCAGACCAAAUAAAUGUAGAUCAACCAAACAAAUCAAGAACCGAUUUUCCUAAAUAGGUGUUCAAAAACGUGAUUUCUGGUGCUAAACACGCAGUCCAUUAAUAGAAGAAAACGCUUUCAUUACAGUAUGAUGCAGCUCAAGACCAUAACCCCUUCUCCACCGCCACAACCGCCGCCAGGCCUCAGAUUGUUCCCCAGCGUCGCCGCCGCAGAAAGAACCCGCAAAUUCCAUCAGUUUCUCGUCCUCCUCCUCACAUUCGCCGCCUACGCUGCUUUCCAUGCUUCCCGCAAACCCCCCAGCAUAGUUAAAGCGGUUUUCUCAGCCCCAGUUAAUCAAACCCUAACCUCAAAUGCCGCCCCCUCUCCGGUUUCCGAUCACGAUCCAUCUCGAUCCGCCUCGAAUGGAACCGGGUGGGCCCCGUUCGACGGCCCGGACGGCCCGCACCGUCUCGGUGAGCUGGAUCUCUCGUUCCUAUUGGCCUACGCCAUUGGCAUGUAUUUCGCGGGUCAUUUGGGCGACACGGUUGAUCUGAGAAUUCUGUUAACUCUUGGGAUGGUGGGGAGCGGCAUCUUCGUGAUGCUAUUUGGGUUGGGGUAUUUUCUUGAUUUGCACUCUUUUAGCGCAUUUGUGACGAUUCAACUGUUGUGUGGGUUGUUUCAAUCGAUAGGGUGGCCGUGCGUGGUGGCGGUUGUGGGGAACUGGUUCGGUAAGGCGAAGAGAGGGUUGAUCAUGGGGGUUUGGAAUUCUCAUACCUCUGUGGGUAACAUUAUUGGCUCUGUAAUUGCUUCGUCGGUGCUGGGCUUCGGAUGGGGCUGGUCGUUUCUCCUACCGGGGUUUCUGAUAAUGGUUGUGGCGGUUUUCGUCUACUUGUUUCUUGUCGUGCAUCCUGAAAACAUUGGGUUUGAGGUGUCUGGAGAGGAUGCAGAGUCGAAUGUUGAGGGCGUGGCGUUGGUUGAGUCGGGGAAAGUCGAGAACGGGGAUCUGAUGGGAACCGAGGAUGGUGAGGGUUUGGUUGCUAUAGGUUUCUUGGAUGCAUGGAGGCUGCCAAAUGUGGCAUCUUUUGCAUUUUGCUUGUUCUUCUCUAAGCUUGUGGCUUACACAUUCUUGUAUUGGUUGCCCUUUUACAUUAGGAACACAGCUGUUGCUGGAGUGCAUAUGUCUCAUAAAACAGCUGGGAUUCUUUCGACAAUCUUUGAUAUUGGAGGAGUUUUUGGUGGAAUUUCAGCAGGUUACAUAUCCGACAUGAUUGAGGCCCGUGGUGCUACUUCAGUUAUAUUUUUAUUGCUAUCCAUCCCAACCCUUAUUUCUUACCGUCUUUAUGGAAGUAUAUCGAUGUUCACAAACAUUGCACUAAUGUUUGCAUCUGGCUUACUCGUAAAUGGACCCUACUCGCUAAUAACAACCGCAGUCGCUGCUGAUCUUGGCACCCAGAGCAUGAUAAGUGGGAGUGCCCGUGCAUUAGCUACUGUUACAGCAAUCAUAGAUGGCACCGGUUCUGUAGGUGCUGCUCUCGGUCCUCUUCUGGCUGGAUAUAUUUCGACUAGAGGAUGGAACAGCGUUUUCUUCAUGCUUAUUGUUUCGAUUUCUUGUGCUGCGUGUUUGUUGAUUCGCGUAGUCAGAAAUGAAAUUAAAGGAAAGCUGAAUGAAGGUAGAUGGCUAUGGCUCAGCAUAAUUGAUAGGUAUAGUUAGGAAAUGUAUUUUACAGAAGCAUGCAGAGAUCUGAUUUUGGAGAUAUGAAUACAUAAACAUUCAGCCCUUCC